AUGCCGGGAUUUGGGCCUUUGAUUCAGAGCCACACAGGAAGUCCUUUUAACAGAGUCCAGGUAUGGGAACUGGACUCUGGGGCGGAGAAAGAGCGCACAACAUCCAAACUUCCGAAUAACCAACCUCCUGCACUAGACCAAGACAAUCCACCGACGACAACCUGGGUGAACAGUGCUGAAGCAAGAAAUCCUCCAAACCCCGAUUCCCCUCCACCGUCCCAUAUAACCCCUCAGGUUCCUGCCAAACAUAGAGCGAAAUCCAAUCCAUUCGUCAACAGCCUUGUUAAAGAGGCGUCGGAGAAUGUUGCAAAAAACGAUUGGCCUGAUUUCCCCGACCUUAACAAGAGCAUGGCGGGAAGCACAAUAAAAGAGGGGCCUGAUGCCCUCAGAGCUCUCAGCUACCAGAGCUCACAGCUACCAGAGCUCACAGCUACCAGAGCUCACAGCUACCAGAGCUCACAGCUACCAGAGCUCACAGCUACCAGAGCUCACAGCUACCAGAGCUCACAGCUACCAGAGCUCACAGCUACCAGAGCUCACAGCUACCAGAGCUCUCAGCUACCAGAGCUCCCAGCUACCAGAGCUCCCAGCCACCAGAGCUCCCAGCCACCAGAGCUCACAGCUACCAGAGCUCCCAGCUACCAGAGCUCCCAGCUACCAGAGCUCACAGCUACCAGAGCUCCCAGCUACCAGAAAACACCAGAGCUCACCAACCAACCAGUGCUCACAGAAACACCAGAGCUCACCAACCAACCAGUGCUCUCAGAAACACCAGAGCUCACCAACCAACCAGUGCUCACAGAAACACCAGAGCUCACCAACCAACCAGUGCUCACAGAAACACCAGAGCUCACCAACCAACCAGUGCUCACAGAAACACCAGAGCUCACCAACCAACCAGUGCUCACAGAAACACCAGAGCUCGCCAACCAACCAGUGCUCACAGAAACAUCAGAGCUCACCAACCAACCAGUGCUCACAGAAACACCAGAGCUCACCAACCAACCAGUGCUCAAAGAAACACCAGAGCUCACCAACCAACCAGUGCUCACAGAAACACCAGAGCUCACCAACCAACCAGUGCUCACAGAAACACCAGAGCUCACCAACCAUCCAGUGCUCACAGAAACACCAGAGCUCACCAACCAACCAGUGCUCACAGAAACACCAGAGCUCACCAACCAACCAGUGCUCACAGAAACACCAGAGCUCACCAACCAACCAGUGCUCACAGAAACACCAGAGCUCACCAACCAACCAGUGCUCACAGAAACACCAGAGCUCACCAACCAACCAGUGCUCACAGAAACACCAGAGCUCACCAACCAACCAGUGCUCACAGAAACACCAGAGCUCACCAACCAACCAGUGCUCACAGAAACACCAGAGCUCACCAACCAACCAGUGCUCACAGAAACACCAGAGCUCACCAACCAACCAGUGCUCACAGAAACACCAGAGCUCACCAACCAACCAGUGCUCACAGAAACACCAGAGCUCACCAACCAACCAGUGCUCACAGAAACACCAGAGCUCACCAACCAACCAGUGCUCACAGAAACACCAGAGCUCACCAACCAACCAGUGCUCACAGAAACACCAGAGCUCACCAACCAACCAGUGCUCACAGAAACACCAGAGCUCACCAACCAACCAGUGCUCACAGAAACACCAGAGCUCACCAACCAACCAGUGCUCACAGAAACACCAGAGCUCACCAACCAACCAGUGCUCUCAGAAACACCAGAGCUCACCAACCAACCAGUGCUCACAGAAACACCAGAGCUCACCAACCAACCAGUGCUCACAGAAACACCAGAGCUCACCAACCAACCAGUGCUCACAGAAACAACAGAGCUCACACAUGCACAAGGGCUUACACACCCUCCAGAGCUCACAGU